AUGCCGGCCACAGCAGCGGCGGCGGCGGCGGGGGCGGUUUCCCCUGACCCGGUCUCCGAAACGCUGUUACCACUAGCACCGUCGUCAGCGGUGACGGGCGGGACGGGGGGAAUGGUGGCGCCUGGUGUGGGGCGGGAGACCGGGGACGGAGGGGCAGCGGGCAUGACGAGACGCCUGGCGGCGGCGGUGGCUGCCGAAGGCAAGCAGCAACGGAGGGAGGGGGGUACGGUCGCCGCGACGAAGUCGAAGGAGCAAGCGGUGCGGCGAAGUGCAUACACGUCGGAGCAUACUUCCGAGGCCGGGGGGCCAAAGGUUGAUUCGUUGGACAGCCAAUGUCUGGGGAUGACCAUCUGUCUUCUCCUCAACCGCGUGGCCCGAUGA